AUGUUUCGCUCAGCCUCUCUUUUUGCACUGGGUGCUCUUCUCUUCCUCACCUUCUUCGACCAUGUCUCCGCAGCUACGGCCGGCUGUGGAAAGUCGCCCUCGCUGAACAGCGGCGUCCACACCAUCACUGUCAACGGCAAGCAGCGCCGCUACACGCUCCGUGUUCCCCAGAACUAUGACAACAAGCGCCAGUACCGCUUCAUCUUUGGCCUGCACUGGCUGAACGGUGACAUGAACGCCGUCGUCAGCAACUCUUACUACGGUCUUGCUCCCCUCGCACAGGAGAGCACCAUCUUUGUUGCUCCCGACGGUCUCAACAGGGGCUGGGGCAACCAGGGCGGUGAGGACAUUACGUUCCUGGAUGCCGUCAGGAAGCAGGUUGAGGAUGCUCUCUGCGUCAACGAGAAGCUCCGCUUCUCUCUCGGUUUCUCUUACGGCGGUGCCAUGUCCUUCAGCUUGGCUUGCAGCAAGGCUGCUGACUUCCGAGGAAUCGCCGUCCUGUCUGGUGCUACUCUCUCUGGAUGCGCUGGCGGUAACACCCCGAUUGCCUUCUACGGUCAGCACGGUACCCAUGACAGCGUUCUGCCCAUUGCCUCUGGACGACAGAUCCGCGACCGCUUCCUUAGCCUGAACGGCUGCCAGGCCAAGAAUGCUCCUGAGCCCUCAAACGGCAGCGGCACACACAUCAAGACUGUCUACAAUGGAUGCAAGUACCCCACGCAGUGGACUGCCUUUGACGGAGACCACGUCGCGCUUCCCGGAGACAGGGGUGCCCCAAGCUUCACCCCCAAGGACGUCUGGACCUUCUUCAGCCAGUUUACCUAA